GGAAGGCAAGAACGUAUACGCCCAGUUGGAUGGUUGUUCGUUUCUGCAAAAAUAAAAGUGAAACUGUAACAUCAAACAUUUCUGUACUGACAACAGACAUCAGCAUUAACUCACACAGACGUUGUUCCGGAGUAGAGACAGCAAAGCUUGGACAUAACACAAAAACCCAAAACAGUUUGUGGAACAUGAAUAUGUGGAGAAUUCCUGUCGCACCAACAGGGACACGCCCUUUCCAAGCAGAGAGGAGAAAUCAUCCGUAUAUGAACAAAAAGCUGCCCUUUAAACGUGUGUACAAAGGCCACACCUUCACGAAAGCAGAAGGUGGAGGUAGACAAUUACGUGAUCAUGGCUGGAAGAGAAAUAAACAUGAAGUACGACCAGAUAUUAAACAACCACAUAUGCGCUUAGAAGAAGAAAAUUCUGAUUUGAAGAAACACCUUCUAGAGAUGAUUGUUACAAAUCUGCAGACACCAAGACUUGUUGAAGAAUACGGAUUCCGCCAUUUCAUGAAUGCCUUAAAUCCCAGUGUUGAUGUUGCACUAAGUACCUCUGCAAUAAGAAAAGAACUGGAGAUUAUGUAUGUUUACACAAAGAGGAAAGUGAAGGAUGCAGUAAAAAAUGCCAAAGACCCAGUGCUCUCUGCUGAACUGUGGAUCUCAAGCAAAGAAGAGUCCUAUCUGACAGUAAGAUGUCACUUUAUUGAUAAAAAGUGGGAACUGAAAUCCUACACACUGGCUACGGCUCAGCUUCUCGGCGAACACACGCCAGAAAAUGUUCAUCGUCAGCUUUGGAGAAUUACAACAGAAUGGGAGAUGACAGAGAAAAUUCAGGUGGUGGUCAUCAAUGUUGAUGGAAUGAAAAAGGUUCGUCAAAAUCCAAACUGGACAUAUAUACCUUGCUUCAGUCAUACUCUUAACAAAGUCAUCCUAGAAGUUGUAGAAACUUUUGAUUGGAAAUAUCUGCUGAAGAGAUGCCGCCAUAUUGUUCAGUUUUUCCACCAGGAAAAUGAAGCAUCAUGGAGAUCCCAUUUGACCCAGUCUUCUUGUGUUGACUGGCUUUCAACCCUAAAAAUGGUGGAAAACAUCUGCAAGCAAUGGCCGAGAUUUUCCCAAGUCUCCAGUUACAAACGUGCAGAAAAUCUUUGGCUCAAUGAAAAUGAAAGGAACUUGCUGGAAAAUAUAAUGAAGGCGCUCACGGUUGUUAAAGACGACACUGAGAGGAUUGGGACACGAGGAUACAUUCCAGUCUCAAACAUCAUACCUCUGCUUGACAAGCUUCAGUUGAGCCUACAAAGGUUAAUACAACAAGAGAACAAGGUAGCCUUGAGGCUCAGUGAGAGAUGUAAUCACCACUUUGGAAACAUCAACCAAAAUAUCUGGUUCAUUGUUAGCACAGCAAUGGACCCAAGAUUCAAAAGCAGUGCACUCAAGACUAAUGGGUUGGAAAAAGUCAAAACUAAGUUCAAAGAAGAAUUGUGCAAACAGGCAAAUGUUGGGACAAGUAACAAUUACCAGCGAAACAUUUCCUGCAAGAUGGAUUAUGAAGAUUUAUUCCUGCAGUAUGCUACAGAAGGUGAUGUCUCAGCAAGUCAGAGUCCACUUCAGUACUGGGAAGCUACAAACAAGUCUAAGGACUUGUCCACGUUUGCACACAAAUACCUCAGUGUGAUCUCCACUGCUAUUCCAAUAGAGCGGAUGAUGCAUGAGGAAAAAUCACAGACCCUUUUCAACAGAAGGAAAUGCUUAGAGCUGGAAGAUAUCAACAUGAUGCUGUUUCUGAAUGGUAAUUACAAAAAGAUAUGACUUGUGGAGGUGUGGGAAAACCAGUUCUACUAUAAUUUCGGAGCACUAUACACUUUCCUCAACUUCCUGAAUUCUCUUAUCUCUUGAGGUAAAAGUCAUUCACAGCAAUUAAACAUGAGCGACAUUGUCAUCUCUUCACUCAUGGAGUUCUGUUUGCUAAAUGCCUUAUUAUUAAUGUCUGUAGAGUGUUAAUGACGUGACCAUGCAGGAGCAUCAUGACCAUUUUAACAUCUGGGAAGAUAAUUAAAACCUGAAGUCAUUAGGCUCUGAUGACAACAGAACAUUCUCUGUGUGAGGACACUGAGUCACCAAACCACCUACCAACAUGUUUUUGUCAGAGGAAACCGGUGAACCCAGAGAAAUCCUGCAUGAACACAGAGAGAACAUGUGAAACUCUGGACUGACAGUAACUCAAGCUGUGAGACCAUGUCAAUGUCUUAAUAUAAAUAUUUAGAGGUAAAUUCAAUCUUUCAGUAAAUUCAGUCUUUAUUCAAUUUCUGCUUUUUUCUAAUUCUUACCUAUUUUUAUUUUAUGUAUGUAAAAGAAACCUGAAAACACUGUGUAGAGUGAUAUUAAUGUAACUAUAUGAAGCAAAUAUGUCAUGUGACACAAAUUAAAUAUGGCUAACCAUCACAUCCAGGUGUGCUUCUUGAACAUCCCAUUCAAGUUUCAUAAGCUCCAUUCUUUUUUUUAUAAGCGUUACUCUUUUUAUAUUUCCUCCACUUCUUCCAUCUAGUGGAAAGACUUUUAUUGAGGAGUCCUGGGGUGUAGUCAGAGUUCACACAGUAGCACUGCCAAGUUGGAACAUAUUUGAGCCUCUUAGUUCCAGUGAAGAGAAAUUGUAAUGCUGCAGCAUACAAAGAAAUACAUACUUUUGACCAUGCACUGUAUAUAAUCAUACUCUCAUAAUUUAACUCUUUGGUUGCCCCCAUCUUUUGUUUCCAUUGGGGGUCUUCAGUGGGUCAAAUUGACCCACAACAUAUAGGGGUUUAAAAAAAUCACAGAAAUGAAUGAAAUUACAUAAUUACGCUUUAAAUAUGGUCUCUAAUUCUCUUACAAACAAUGGUGAUAAUGAAUAUCUUUAAUAUUUAACAUUUUCUCUGCUAGGCAACUUAACAAUUGUCAAGAAACACUGGGACAGUUCCCUGCCACACCACUGGAGGGGGUGCUGGCAGGUGAAUCGGCAGAGCCCGCUUUAUCGUUUGUUUUCCGCAUGUACUUUGUGCCAUGCCCCUCCCAAUUGUUCUACCUUCCCGCCUUGUCACCUGUUUCCCAUUUACCAUGAUGUU